GGAAUACAUCAGUCCAGUCAUCGUCAGGCGCUGGAGCCGCUGUCGUCCUUUAAGAAAGGUGUUAAUGCUGUUAUUUGUGUAGUGUGAGGUGCGCGCGCGUCUCAAGGAGCUCCAGGAGGACUGUAUAUUUUAAUAUUUAUCCUUAUGCACGGUACAGUAAGUGUUAUAUUCUACUGACAGCUGAUACGUUUGCCGUCGCUUCCCUAUAUUAUCGCUGUGACGCUUGGAUAAGCUUCAGGACGGCGACUCCAUACUGGACCACGCAUCUGAGGUUUGUUUGAUGUCCUCGUGAGGAGCCCGAGCAGAAGAUGUGGGUGAACCCUGAGGAGGUGUUGCUGGCCAGCGCGCUGUGGAUGACAGAGAGAGCGAAUCCCUACUUCAUCCUGCAGAAGAGAAAGGGCCACGGAGACGGCGGAGGAGGGCUCGCGGGUCUGCUGGUUGGUACUCUUGACGUGGUGCUGGACUCGAGCGCCCGUGUGGCCCCGUACAGGAUCCUCUACCAGACCCCCGAUUCCCUGGUUUACUGGAGCAUCGGCCACGGGAGCUCUCGUAAGGAGAUCACGGAGAACUGGGAAUGGCUGGAGCAGAAUCUGCUGCAGACGCUCUCCAUCUUCGAGAAUGAGAACGACAUCACCACCUUCGUCAAGGGCAAAAUACAGGUGACCAUCGUUGAGAAAGCCGAUAGCUGUAACGUCCUUCCCAGCCCCUUGUCAAUCAGCACCAAAAACAAAAUGACCUUCCUCUUUGCCAACCUCAAAGACCGGGACUUCCUGGUGCAGAGGAUCUCGGACUUCCUGCAGCAGACCACCUCCAAAAUCUACUUAGAGCGGGAAAUCACGGGCAGCCUCAGCAGCUCAGACGACGAGGUGUCCUCUCAGCAGGGCAGUGUCUUGUCCUGUAGUCCCCAGCGCAGCGCUCUCGGCUCUGAGGGAGACAGUGACAGACAGUUCAAUCUCAAUGAUAACAGGGUUCCCACAGCGACACAAGCCCUGAUGACCAUGUACCGCCGGCGGUCCCCGGAGGAGUUCAACCCCAAACUGGCUAAAGAGUUUCUGAAGGAGCAGGCCUGGAAGAAUCACUUCACCGAAUACGGCCAGGGAGUGUGUAUGUACCGCACGGAGAAGACCAAAGAGCUGGUGCUGCAGGGCAUCCCGGAGAACAUGAGAGGAGAGCUCUGGCUCCUGUUUUCUGGGGCGAUUAAUGAGAUGGCCACUCAUCCUGGUUAUUAUGAGGAUCUGGUGGAGAAGUCGAUGGGCAAAUAUAAUCUGGCCACCGAGGAGAUCGAGAGAGACCUCCACCGCUCUCUUCCAGAGCAUCCAGCCUUUCAGAAUGAGAUGGGCAUCGCUGCUCUGCGUCGAGUCCUCACUGCAUACGCCUUCCGCAACCCCAACAUCGGCUACUGCCAGGCCAUGAACAUCGUGACCUCCGUCCUGCUGCUGUACGCUAAAGAGGAAGAGGCCUUCUGGCUGCUGGUGGCCUUAUGUGAGCGCAUGCUUCCCGACUACUACAACACCAGAGUCGUAGGUGCUUUGGUGGACCAGGGUGUGUUCGAGGAGCUGGCUCACGUCUGUGUUCCUCAGCUGUACGACUGCAUGCAGGCGCUGAGUGUCAUCUCCACCAUCUCUCUGUCCUGGUUCCUCACGCUCUUCCUUUCCGUCAUGCCCUUUGAGAGCGCCGUGGUGGUGGUCGACUGCUUCUUCUACGAGGGCAUCAAGGUCAUCUUCCAGCUAGCACUGUCGGUGCUCGACGCUAACAUCCAUCAGCUGCUGAGCUGCAAAGAUGACGGAGAGGCCAUGACCAUCCUGGGCAGGUAUCUGGACAGCGUGACCAAUAAGGACAGCACUCUUCCUCCAAUCCCUCAUCUUCACUCUCUCCUGACGGAUAAUGGGGAGCCUCAUCCUGAGGUGGACAUCUUCAAACUGGUGCGCAGCUCCUAUGAGAAGUUCCGCUCCAUCCGGGCGGAUGUGAUUGAGCAGAUGCGUUUCAAACAGAGGCUGAGAGUGAUCCAGGCCAUUGAGGACACCACCAAACGCAAUGUGGUGCGUACCAUCGUGACGGAGACACCCUUCAGCAUCGAUGAGCUGGAGGAGCUUUAUACACUCUUUAAGGCUGAGCAUCUGACCAGCUGUUACUGGGGCAGCACCAGUAACCCCAUGAGCCGGCACGACCCGAGCCUGCCAUACCUGGAGCAGUAUCGCAUGGAUCUGGAGCAGUUCAAAGUGCUGUUUGCGCUGCUCUUCCCCUGGGCCUGCGGCACACACACCGACGACCUGGCCCUGCGCGUCUUCCGUCUGCUGGACCACAACGCAGACGCGCUCAUAAACUUCAGAGAGUUCAUCAGCGGCCUCAGUGUCCUGUGUCACGGUGACCUGACGGAAAAACUCAAAUUUCUGUAUAAGAUUCACGUACUUCCAGAGUUGCACCAUGAGCAAGAGGAGCCCGACUCGGCGUGUGAAGCUACGCAGUAUUUUUUUGAGGACAUCACCCCAGAGACCUCCAGCGGCCUCGACCAAAAGAACAGAGCCGAGAAGGACGAUGGUUUUGUAGGAGUCACCUUUAAAAGUGAAAAAGUUAAGAAAAUGCACACUCCAGAUUACCGCACGUACAUGCGCCUGUGGAACCAGGAGACCAAAGCAAAGUUAGAGAACAUGAAGGAUCUGCCCAAACUCAACCAGAGUCAGUUCAUCGAGCUGUGCAAGACUCUCUAUAACAUGUUCAGCGAAGACCCCAGCGAGCAGGAGCUGUAUCACGCCACGGCUACGGUCACCAGCCUGCUGCUGGAGAUGGGAGAGGUGGGCAAGCUCUUCUGUAGUCCGGCUCACAGGACAGACGAGGAGGACGAGGACGAGCGAAUCCCGCCGAGCAGGAGCAAGCAGGAGCGCCAUCAUCUGGAGGACUCCUCACCCAAAGACUCGGCCACGUCCUCCGCCAUGCUCAUCUCCGACGACGAGACCAAAGACGACACCUCCGUGUCCUCCUACUCCGUCCUGAGCGCCGGCUCGCACGAGCUUCAGUGCGAGGACAUCGCGGAGGACACCGUGCUCAUACGCAGCGGCGCAGCUGCCGCCGGGCAUCAUGGGAGGAGCGGCUUGCCUCACAGCGCCAGCAUCGAUAAGGACUGGGCCAUCACUUUUGAGCAGUUCCUGGCCUCAGUGCUCACCGAACAAGCCCUGGUGCAGUACUUUGAGAAGCCUGUGGAGAUCGCCGCUCGAAUAACCAACGCCAAGAACGUUCGCAAGGUGGGACACCAACACAUGUCCGUCAGUGACUAUGAGAUCUCGCUAUCGGGCUAAAAACGGUUACCUCUGCGUUCAAAACUGUGUUUGGGGGUUAAAGGAGUAGUCAUCCAAAACAUACGAUUUGGGCAUCAUUUACUCGCUUUUAUGUUCCAAUCCUGACUUAUUUUUCGUGAGAAGUUAAUGCUAGUUCCUCCAUACAGUGAAAGUAGAUGGUGACCAUCUCUGUCGAGCGAAAACAUGACAAGAAGCACCAUAAAAAUAGACUUGGACACUACAUAGUGAGUUUUCUGAAGCCAUAUGCUAGCAACUUAAAGUUCAUAUGUUUUUUCCCUUACAAACCUCACAUUUUAUGACUUUAGACAUUUUAUAAUAAAAAUAAUGGCCACUUCUAUGAUGUUUCAUUGUCAGCUUGAAAUGUUAUAAGCACUGUUUGAUUUUAUAUUUUAUACGAGGCGUGCUGUUUUUGCAGCAAACGGUUUCACACGAAAACCCAUGAUUGGUGUGACUUAGCGGUUUCCAGCAGUAAAUCUCAAUAUCAAAUGACAUAAUAUAAGACUUAUUCACUAUGUAUUGAGUUUUUUAAGCCAUAUGCUAGCACAUAACAACUUAAAUUUAGUGUGUUUCUCACAUAAGCCUAUUUUUAGACUGUUUUGUAAUAAUUAGCCACUUUUAUGAUGCUUCGUUGUCAUUUUUUGGAGCUCGAAAUCUUCCUCAGGAGGUCAAAAUGGUUUAUUUUACAUU